AUGGUAGAAAGAGAUAUAUGCACCUCGCCUGAGAUAAAAGAGCUUAUCAAGCGUCAGAGUUCUUUAAUUUGUUACCUUUUAGAAGAAGUUUCUAAAUCUGGGACUGAUUUUACAAAAUCUGAUAGGUUUGCAAAUAAUAUUACAUAUAUAUCAGAAGCCUAUGAUUUUUAUAAAGAUAAAGGACUUGAUAUUAGAGAAGAUGAGAUCAAGUAUAUAAAAGAAAUUAAAAACUGAUAUUCAGCACAAAAAGCCGAACAAGUAAUUAAGAGCCAAAGCAAUUUUUGUUGCAAAUGCAAUACUUUAAUAGCAAACCCAUAUUCUAUACCAUCAUGCCCAAAAGAACAUAAAUUAUGUUGGUAUUGCAUAAUGAUUAAGAUCUUAAGGAAACCAAAUUCUUCAAUACCCUAUUCAAUAAGCUGCAUUUGUACAGAACGUGUGAAUUUGGAAUACGUGCCCGAUUUUACAUGCCCAAACUGCAAUAUUUCAAAGCAUGUUUCCGAAUUUUUAAAAUUUAAAUGCAAAGAAGAAUAUAAAUUUUUGUGCAAAAAAUGCUGCAGGGCUUCGUAUAAAAGAAAGGUUUGCAAAUUUUGCAAUGAAAGCUUACCAAGAAAAACUUUGAAGAUAUUUAAAAAAAGGGCUGAAUUCCAAUGCUUGUCAUGCUUGAAGAGGGAUCAAGAAAUAUAUUCACCGGGAUGCAGCAAUGGCUGCAUUGUCUGUAAAACCUGCCAAACUUUAUGUGAAGGCUACUGUGCAUUCUGCAACAAUGAAAUGCAUAAACUUAAAUAA